AUGAAUCACUUGGCACCAUUUGAAAUCACCAAGGAUGAUAAUGGACUUUCUCAGGUUGUGCUCCGGAGCCCGCGCGGGGCUUCUGUUUGGGUUAGUCUUCAUGGGGCGCAAGUUCGAUCGUGGAAAACUGAAAAGGGUGAAGAGUUGUUGUUUACUAGUAGUAAGGCGAUUUACAAGCCGCCGGCAGCUGUAAGAGGAGGAAUUCCUAUUUGUUUCCCACAGUUUGGCAAGCGUGGUUCGCUAGAACAACAUGGAUUUGCCAGGAAUCGAAUGUGGGCCGUUGAUGAAAAUCCUCCCCCUCUACAGUCCUUUGAUCCUGGCUACAGUGCGUAUGUUGAUUUGCUCACUAAAUCGUCCGAUGAUGACCUCAAGCUUUGGCCUCAUGGUUAUGAAUUUCGACUUAGGGUGAUACUGACUUUUGAUGGAAAUCUGACUUUGGUAUCGCGCGUGCGUAACGUGAAUGGAAAGCCCUUUAGUUUCUCGUUUGCGUAUCACACGUAUUUCUCGGUUUCAGAUAUCAGUGAAGUAAGAGUCGAGGGCUUGGAGACCCUCGACUAUCUCGACAACCUUUGCAACAGGGAACGUUUUACAGAACAAGGAGAUGCCUUAACCUUUGAAUCUGAGGUGGAUCGAGUUUACCUAAGUUCCUCGGAUGCAGUUGCUGUGUUCGAUCACGAGAAAAAACAAACCUUCGUGAUCAGAAAAGAAGGGCUUCCUGAUGUGGUCGUUUGGAACCCAUGGGACAAGAAAUCGAAAGCCAUGUCUGAUUUUGGGGAUGAAGAGUACAAAUACAUGCUCUGUGUUGAUGCGGCCACAAUUGAGAAGCCGAUCACUCUAAAACCGGGUGAGGAGUGGACCGGACGAGUCGAGCUUUCUGUGGUGGCCUCCAUACAGUGA